AAAUGGGAUCUUGGGACUAACUAAUAAUAAUGUGUAUUUGUGCUUAAUGAAUGGAGAUGUUAAGGAAAUGCAAAAUAAUAUUAAUGUAGAACUUUAGUUUUUUAUGUAAUUAUAUAAUACAGUGAUAUUUACCAAUCCUAAGACUUAACCUAACUUGCUUAGGACUUAUAAAAAUAGUCUUAAUGAAACAAUUUUGAAUGAUUAUAUUUAUUCAAUUUACUAAAAAUAUUUACAAAUGGAUGAAAUAAAUUCCACUAAAGCAGAAUUGAACUAUGAAUCUAAUUUUCCACAAUAUACUCUUUUUGAUAUUAAAAUAGAUCCAGGCUUAAAAGGUGACGAUGGGGUAGAAUUACCGCGACCGUUUACAAAAAAUCAAAUGCGCAAAUGGUUGAAGAAGGUUAGGUGGGAAAAUAGUAAAGCUGAAAAAAGAUCUAAAGAGAAAGCCAGAGCUAAGGAACGGAGAAGAAAAGCGAAGGCUGAAAAUAUAGAUUUAGGUCCCAAUAGAAAAGCAUUAAAGAAAAUGAAGCUUGAGAAACCGAAGAAAAAUAUUGGUAUCAUAAUAGAUCUUAGUUUUGAUAAUUUGAUGAUAGAAAAAGACAGGUAUAAAGUGAUUAAACAAAUUUUAAGAUGUUAUUCAAUUAACAGGCGGUCAGAAUCACCUUUACAAUUUCAUGUAACCAGCUUUGGAGAAAAGACUAGAGUUGAUAUGUCUAGACAUAAUGGUUAUGAACAUUGGGAUAUAGUUUAUCACGAAGAAACAUAUCUCAAUAAAUUUCCAAAGGAUAAACUUUUUUACUUGACAAGUGAAUCAGAUAAUAUUAUUGAAUGUUUUGAAGAAGAUACCUACUAUAUAAUAGGAGGUUUAGUGGAUCAUAACCAACACAAGGGUCUGUGUCAUAAAAUUGCAGUCGAACAAGGUAUAAGACAUGGUCAGUUACCUUUAAAUAAAUAUGUCAAUAUGAAGACGAGAAAAGUUUUAACAAUCGAUCAUGUAUUUGAGAUUGUGCUCAGAGUGUGUGAAGGUAUGUCAUGGCAAGAUGCACUCAUUAAAGUAUUGCCAGUACGAAAAGGAGCACAUGUUUGUGAUUCUACUAAUAGUUAUUCUUCGAGUAUAGAUGUCUCCUUUGACAGUGAUGGUACAAAUUAACAUCAGAAUAUGAACGAUUAUGUUAUUGUUUAAAUUGCAAUAUAAAAUAAACAUGUUAAUAUAUUUAAUAACUUAUUUUAUUGAUAAUAUAAAUACUUG